GUUUAAAGUCACCUCAGCUCCCUGCGCCUGUUUCCUUCUGGAAGACUUCUGAGCAACCGUCUUAACGAAAAGGAAUAAGGCGCCUGUCCCUUUAAAUGGGGGCGUGGUUGGAAUCGCCGGGGGAGGAGCCGGGAGAAGAGGCGGAAGAGAAAGCGGAAGCCUCUCGGCGGCCGCUGCGCAUGCGUGCUCCGGGGGGGCGGGGUUCCUUGGCCGGUGACCGGUGAGAGCUCAGAUCCCAAGAGAGAAAGCCGCCCCAUCUGGCCCUGCCUGAAUGCCCUGAUUGGGAGCCACGAUGGCGAGUGAAGUCGAUCCCGAGAGUGAGGAGGCAGCCCCCUCGCCCCGCGGAGGCCUCGGGGAAGGCCUGGCCCAGGCCCUGGAGGCUUCCCUGCCCAGGCUCACCUGCAUAGACCUGGACAAGGACCUGGAGUUCAGAAAUGAGCUGAUCGAUGACAAGGAGUUUGAUAUUCCUCAGGUGGACACCCCGCCCACCCUCGAAAGCAUUCUCAAUGAGACCGAUGAUGAAGACGAAUCCUUUGUUCUUGAGGAUCCAACGCUGUUAAAUAUCGACACCUUUGACACGCACUCCUACGACACGUCGUCGGUGGCAAGCUCCGACAGCGGUGAUCGAACCAAUCUGAAGAGGAAGAAGAAGCUUCUUGAUUCUUUUUCUCUCCAUGGCUCAGUCAUGCGGCAUUCGCUUCUGAAGGGGAUCUCUGCCCAGAUCGUCUCGGCAGCUGACAAAGUUGAUGCCGGCUUGCCUACUGCAAUAGCUGUAUCCAGUCUGAUCGCAGUGGGGACUUCUCAUGGAUUGGCCUUAAUCUUCGGAAAAGAUCAGAAUCAAGCCCUGCGCCUCUGCUUGGGCAGCACCAGCGUCGGGGGACAGUACGGGGCCAUCUCUGCCCUCAGCAUCAACCACGACUGCUCCAGACUUCUCUGCGGCUUUGCCAAAGGCCAGAUGACCAUGUGGGACUUGGCCAGCGGGAAGCUUUUGAGAUCAAUAACAGAUGCUCACCCCCCAGGAACAGCAAUUCUGCACAUUAAGUUCACAGAUGACCCAACUCUGGCCAUUUGCAACGACAGCGGCGGUUCUGUGUUUGAGCUGACAUUUAAGCGGGUGAUGGGAGUGAGGACGUGUGAAUCCCGGUGUCUGUUCAGCGGGUCCAAGGGGGAAGUUUGCUGCAUCGAGCCUCUGCACUCCAAGGCCGAGCUGAAGGAUCACCCCAUAACCCAGUUCUCCUUGCUGGCCAUGGCGUCCCUAACUAAAAUAUUGGUCAUUGGACUGAAGCCAUCUCUGAAAGUGUGGAUGACUUUCCCCUAUGGACGGAUGGAUCCUUCCAGCGUCCCGCUGCUGGCCUGGCAUUUUGUGGCCGCCAAUAACUACGUGAACCCCACGCUGGCCUUUUGCCGAGGGGACGUCGUUCACUUCCUGUUGGUGAAGCGGGAUGAGUCGGGCGCCAUACACGUCACCAAGCAAAAGCACCUGCACCUCUACUAUGACCUCAUUAACUUCACUUGGAUCAAUUCCCGGACGAUCGUGCUCCUGGACAGUGUGGAGAAGCUGCAUGUGAUCGACCGGCUGACGCAGGAGGAGCUGGAGACGGUAGAAAUCUCCGAGGUGCAGCUGGUCUACAACAGUAGCCACUUCAAGUCUCUGGCCACGGGUGGCAACGUCAGCCAGGCCCUGGCUCUGGUUGGAGAGAAAGCCUGUUACCAGUCCAUCAGCAGUUAUGGUGGCCAGAUCUUUUAUUUGGGGACAAAAUCUGUUUAUGUGAUGACGUUGAGGAGCUGGAGAGAGAGAGUGGACCAUCUCCUGAAACAAGAGUGUCUGCCGGAGGCCUUGGCUCUCGCGUGGUCCUUCCACGAAGGGAAGGCCAAAGCUGUCGUUGGCUUGUCUGGGGACGCCAGCAAGCGGAAGGCCGUCGUUGCCGAUCGGAUGGUUGAAAUCCUCUUCCACUGUACGGACCGAGCUUUGAAAAAAUGCCCGGACCAGGGCAAGAUCCAGGUGAUGGAGCAGCAUUUUCAGGACACGGUGCCCGUGGUUGUUGAUUACUGCCUUCGGCUGCAGCGCAGGGAUCUCCUGUUUAGCCAAAUGUACGACAAGUUCAGUGAGAAUUCGGUGGCCAAAGGAGUCUUCCUGGAGUGCCUGGAGCCGUACAUUCUGAGUGACCAGCUGGUGGGGAUCACCGCCCAGGUGAUGAAGGAUCUGCUCAUUCACUUCCAAGAUAAAAAGCUGAUGGAGAAUGUGGAGGCACUGAUCGUGCACAUGGACAUCACCAGCCUGGACAUCCAGCAGGUGGUUCUCAUGUGCUGGGAGAACCAUCUCUACGACGCCAUGAUCUACGUCUACAACAGCGGCAUGAACGAGUUCAUCAGCCCCAUGGAGAAACUUUUCAAGGUCAUUGCUCCUCCUCUGAGCGCAGGGAAGUCCCUGACAGAUGAGCAGGUUAUCAUGGGCAACAAGCUUCUUGUGUACAUCAGCUGCUGCUUGGCGGGCCGGGCUUACCCCCUGGGGGAUAUCCCUGAAGACCUGGUGCCCUUGGUUAAAAACCAGGUCUUCGAGUUUCUGAUCCGCCUGCAUUCUGCGGAAGCCUCCUCGGAGGAGGAGAUCUACCCCUACAUCUGCACCCUGCUUCACUUCGACACCAGGGAGUUCCUGAACGUCCUGGCUCUGACUUUUGAAGAUUUUAAAAAUGACAAGCAGGCUCUGGAAUACCAGCAGCGGAUCGUGGACAUCUUGCUGAAGGUCAUGGUGGAAAAUUCCGACUUUACUCCUUCCCAAGUCGGGUGCCUCUUCACCUUCCUGGCCCGGCAGCUCGCCAAGCCCGACAACACGCUCUUCGUGAACAGGACGCUUUUUGACCAGGUGCUCGAGUUCCUCUGCAGCCCCGAUGAUGACUCCCGACACUCGGAGAGGCAGCAGGUCCUCCUCGAGUUGCUCCAGGCCGGAGGGAUUGUGCAGUUUGAGGAGAGCCGGCUCAUCCGGAUGGCCGAGAGAGCCGAGUUCUACCAAAUUUGUGAGUUUAUGUAUGAACGAGAGCACCAGUACGACAAGAUCAUCGACUGCUACCUCCGGGACCCCCUGAGAGAGGAAGAGGUGUUCAACUACGUCCACAACAUCCUGUCCAUUCCCGGGCACAGCCCCGAGGAGAAGCAGUCCGUGGGGCAAAAGGCCAUGCAGCACAUUGAGGAGCUCGUGUCUCUGAACCCCUGCAAAGCAGCAGAGCUGGUGGCCACCCAUUUCUCCGGGCAAGUUGAGGCGGUCAUCCAGAAACUUCAGAACCCGUUUCUGCUCUUCCAGUUUCUGAGGAGCCUUCUUGACCCAAGGGAAGGAGUUUCCGUUAACCAAGAGUCUCUGCACGCGUCCCCUUGCAUCACGGAGCAGUUCAUUGAGCUGCUGUGUCAGUAUAACCCUCACCAAGUGAUUGACACUCUGCAAGUCCUAGAGUCCUACCGGCUGGAAGAGACCAUCCAGAUUACCCAGAAGUACCAGCUUCUUGAAGUAUGUGCCUACCUCUUAGAGAAGAAAGGAGAUGUUCAUGGUGCUUUCUUAAUAAUGCUCGAGAGACUACAAAGCAAGCUCCAGCAGUUUACAAAGGAAAGUGAAAACUCGAGAGAGAGCUCUUCCCUCAAGGCCGUGGAAGAGAUCUUGGUGGAGACCAUCGCCCUCUGCCAGAGGAAUUCACAGAGUCUGAACCAGCCCCAGCGAGAGGCGCUCUGGUUUCCCCUCUUGGAGGCAAUGAUGGCCCCUCAGAAGCUGUCCAGCUCCUGCGCUCCCCCUCGCCUGGCAGAACCCUUGAAGUCUCUAACCAUGCAGGUGCUGAACAGCAUGGCAGCCUUCAUCGCUCUGCCGUCCAUCUUGCAGCGAAUCCUGCAGGAUCCAGUUUAUGGAAGAGGAAAACUUGGCGAGAUCCAAGGACUGAUCCUGGGAAUGCUGGACACCUUUAACUACGAACAAACUCUCCUGGAGACCACCACCAGCCUCCUCAACCACGACCUGCACUGGUCCCUCUGUAACCUGCGGGCAUCGGUCACCAGGGGGCUGAACCCAAAGCAGGAUUACUGCUGCAUCUGCCUGCAGCAGUACCGGCGGCGCCAGGAGGUGGCCGACGACAUCGUCGUCUUCAGCUGCGGCCAUCUCUACCACUCCUUGUGCCUGCUGAACAAAGAGUGUGCCGUGGGCACGGGGAACCAGGCCCGCUGGACGUGCUACAGAUGCAAUUCAAGCAACAAGGCAGGGAAGCUCAGCGAAAAGGCAUCUGAAGUGAAGAAGGGGCAGCUUGCCCAGGCCCAGGUGAAAAUGUCUCCUUCCUGUCCAUCGCCCCGAGGAGAUGCUGCUGCGAAGAAGGCCCCGUCAGAACUGGGUCUGGACCCCCAGCAGAUCCAGGCUUUCGACCAGCUCUGCCGCCUUUACCGGGGAACCUCCAGGCUGGCGCUGCUGACCGAGCUGUCCCAGAACCAGAGCGGGGAGAGUCGCCGGCUGCUGGGGGGCUCCAAGAGCAGCCCCGCCCUCAACAGCAUCUUCCAGAACGAGAACUUCCAGCUGCACCUGAGCCCUCCCCCCCUGAGCGAGGACUGAGGGCGCCGGUUCUGGCCGGCCCCGGACCCCCGGGCCCUCGGGCCGCCCUCCCCUCCCGCCCCAGGGUCCCUCCCCCCCCCACGCGUCUCCCUCCAGAGGCGCAUAAGGAGCCCGGCUCCUCCUCAGCUCGUUCUCCUUGGAGGGCCCCGGUGCUCUCCAGCCCCCAGGCCAGGGGGGAACACCGGGGGACCCCGCCGGGUAGAGCCCCCCUGCCCGGAGAGGGACCGCCAGCAAGAAGCAAAGCAGCCCGUCUCCCGGGCAAAGGGCAGUGCAGAGGGGGGCAGCUGGGCAGCCUGCCAGGGUCAGAGGCCUCCCACUGGCCCUGCCCGGCCCAAUAAACGUCCUUGCCCUCGGGCAGCCCCGGCGUGCGUGUGUGCGGGGACGGGACUGGGAGCGGCGCUUCGGGAGGGAGAGACCCUCGCUGAUCCCCGCCAGGCAGAGGGGGGGAGGCGGCACCUGCCCUCCCCCAGGGGCUCCCUUGUCAUCCCCGGACCCCGCGGCACCGAGUCAGCCCGUCAUGGCGGGGCCAGUGGAGAGUGCGGGAUGGGGGAGGGGGGCUGGCAGGGACCCCCGGGUCUCCAGCUUCUCCCUCUCUUUGUAGCAGGAGCCCCUCCCUCCCGCCGGGGGUAGAGGUGAGAAGGCAGUCCUGUGUCCAGUGUAGAGGAAGGAAAGAAGUGUGGGGGGAGGGGGGAUCCCCCAAAAGGGGCGGGUCAUCGGAGGGGGCCGGACUCGGCAGCUUGGAAGGGGCCGGUGGCCAAUGAGAGGGUGAGCGGCUGGGAGGGAACCUCUGGCGGAGGCGGCCCCAUCCCCCGGAGCCCUGACCUGGCGAAGGGAAAAUCUGGGCAGCGUCUGGGGGCCUCUGUCCGCCCCUGCCCGGUGCUCUCCCGACCUCCAGCCCGCCCCUCCUCUCCGCCCGCCCCCACGAGCCCUGCCUUUCUUCCCCGGCCCCACUCUUUUCCCUCCGAACUGGGACGGAGCCGCCCCCGCUGCCGGGACUGGUGAACCUUGGUUAGGAAGAGGCGCCUUGGGGCGGUUCGUGCGCUCUGCUCCGUUCCGGGUCAUACAUAAGCCCUCACGCCCCCCACACACCUGGGGCUCGGAGCGCCGACACCCUCGAUGACCCAGGGCUCUGCCCAGGACCCCGGAGGGGCGGGACACGCGCCCGCCGCCCGGAAAUACAAUCGCAAGCUCCUUGUAUGACACACGAAACGGCCUGGUCAGGGUGACCCUGUGGCUCUCCAGGCCCGGAUGUAGCCGGUCCAGUUCUGCCCGCACAGGGCCUGGCCAUUCCCCGCUGCCGCCCCCAGCCCAGCCACCAUCUUGUGGAGCCCGAGGCCGAGGGGGCCGGGGCUGGGCAGGGCACGGGAGGCACCGGUGCCGGAGCAACACCGUGGUACCAAAGCCUUCGGGAGGCGGCGACCCAGGCCCGGCCAGGACGGCACAGCUGCUCUUCCUCAGAGCCGGUCCUGAAAACUGCCCCACAGUCCCGCCUUCCUGCUGACUCAGGGCAAACCGUGUCUCCCCUCCGUUAGACCGGAGUGGGCGCUCCCACCGUGGAAGCAGGACGUCCCCCAGGAAAACCCGUGCCAAAGGCCUCAGGGGACUGACCGGGGAAUUACCCAGUGUCGGUCAUCGCUAUCCCGCCAUCUGUCCAUCCAGGCCCGUGAUCAUCCCCAUCCCACUCUCCCCUCCCCCAGGCCUCGGGGACAUAGAGCCAUUGUUCAGCUAAAUCCUCAGGCCCAGCUGCAACUGAGCCCGGGCCGCAGGCUCAUGGAAGCUUCUGGGCCUUUCUGGAACAGCGGGGACCCCCCCCAUCCCACGUGGAUCCCCGUGUCCGGGAAGUGGGCGCCCUCGGGAUCCCGCAGGCCGCUGUUCCUGGCUGGCUUCUCAAAACUCAGCCCCCCCCCAGAACUCGCGCCCGGGCUCUUGGCUCACGUGCCCGCGUGGUUCGGAGCCGCUUCACCGAGCGUUUCCCACUGUGUAAGCGCGACCCCCGCGUGCCCAAGGGAUGGGAAUCAGGAGAAGGCGCUUCCGGUCCGGGAGCGCGUCUGCCUGGGAAGGGCAGGGGACGCCUUCAGCCGGACUAAGACGGUUUCUUUCUCCCUUAAUAGUGUCUUAUUUUUCUAAUCCAGUAAAGGCCCUUUGUCUCCCCCCGCCCCCCCAAGAGGACACGCAGUCAGACAGGGGUCACACAUACAAUGGUUCGUUUUGAACAUAUCCCACUGUAAGGCCCAUUUUCUUCCCCCCCCCAGGCAGUUGGGGUUCAGUGACUUGCCCAGGGUCACAGCCAGGACGGGUUAAGUGUCUGAGGCCGGAUUUGAACCCGGGCCCUCCUGACUCAGGGCUGGGGCUCUGUCCCCUAACACAAGACAUCCAUUUUCAAACACCAACGGAGGACUCUGCUCAGCCUGACUCUGCCUGUGGUUCCGAACCAGGCUAGCGUGGAGUCUCAAACUGGGCAGGUCCCUUAACACUCGGAGCCUCUUGGCAGAUCUGUAAGAUUUGUGUCACGGCUCCGGGCGGCAGCCUGGGGAAGACCGAGGGCCCCUUCUCACAUUAGUCCCGAUAAAUGUAUGAAAUGGACCUCAUCGGACUAGGGAGGCAGCCCAUGGUUCUGAAAUGCAGCUGUGACAAUGUGGCAGGUUCCGAGUUCAUGGACCCCUGAGAUCUGUCCGUGGACCCCCUUAGGGGAGGUCUGAACAUCCCAGGUUAAGAACAUCUGGCCUAAGACUGGUGUGCAACGAAGGUUGCUUGUAAUUAUUUUAAUUAGGUUGCAGAGACUAAACCCCACUUAAUUACAUGCCAGUCGCUCUGGGAAGGAGCCUUAAGACAUUUUCCACCAAGAGAGAAUUAGUGCCGAGAUUAUAUCUCUUGGAGUCUCUGAACAUCAAUCAGUAAACAUUUAUUAAACACCUACUGUAUGCAGGGCACUGUGCAAAGCACUGGGGAUAAAACAGUGCCUUUUGUCAAGGAGCUUGCAGCCUAAGUAAGGGAAGGACAAAGACAUAUAGAUAAAGCAAACUUUUCGGGCAAUAAUUAGCCUAGGGAAGCACUGCAAUGAAGAGGCAUUGGGGACCCGAUCCCAUCAGUCCUCUGCUCAGUGAACUAAAGUUCCCUAUUGACCCUAGAAUCAAAUAUAACUUUCUCUGUUUGGCGAUGGGUACCACCUCCCUUCCCAGCUUCAUUAUCCUCCUUUCUUAACACCCUAAUGAUGUGUUACUUUGGCUAAUAUUAAAACGAGUUUGCCUUUUGCAAAUGCAAGGGGAUUUGAGCUUGCUGGGAAGCCGCAGGGAGAUAUUUGGGGAUACGUUGGUGCCCCCAGAUCACCUGCAAUGGGAACAGUCACAGCAGAUGAUACUUUGGGAUCCAGGGUGAAUGUGUUCCAAGAAUUCCAAAUAGUAACGAGGUCGGGAAAUGGACUAACUCAGGACAGACAGCGCGAGUCAGAUCAGUCAAGAACCAAUUAUUGUCAAGUGUGGACCUUGUGCCGAGCGCUGUGAACGCAGGUGAGAUGAAACAGCUUUGGAACUCAAGGAGCCAGCAUUUUGUCCCUGGGAAAUACACAGAAAAAAACGCAAAAUCGCUGAAUGAAUGAAUACCGAACCAAACAAAAUUUCCAUCAGCCCCAUGUGAAAAAAGAAAGAAUGAGAAAGGAAGGAAGGAAAUGAGUAAAGAAAAAGAGGAAGAAAAAAGAAAAUCCCCAUGUGUCCUUCGUGCAUCUGUGAAGGUCCCCAGAAGAUGCUCAAAUGGUAUCUUUUCAUGAGAAGAAAUGAAUAACGCCCACAGUUCACUUUUGCCCAAAUCUGCCCCAGAAAAAGUGAAACUCUCUCUUUGAACAUUCCCAGCUCUUCUCCAUUUGCCUCCAAUCUCUUUCCGGAUUCUUCAACCUUGAUGCCCUUUGACCCAAACUGAGCUGCCUGCUGUUGCAUGUACAGGAUAGUCCAUCUCCAAUCUCCACGCCUUUGCCCGGGAUGUCUCCACUGCCUGGCGUCUCGUCUCUGCCAUUUGGAUCCUUUCUUUCUGUCAGAGCUCGGCUCCUGUAUUGAUUUUGUGUAUAUGUAUAUGCAUUAUCAUUAAACUGAAACUCUUUGAG